AUGAUUCUACUUAUUAUGUUUUACUACAGUAUAAUAUUAUUUUGCUUUAAUUUAAAUUAUUGUUUAUCAGAAAAUAUGAGAAGUUAUAAACUAUUAUCAAAUACACCAACAACUAGGUAUUGCCCGCCAGACUUAAAAAAUAUAUACAGAAUUUAUGAAAAACAUCCGGAUCUACCAGAAAUAUCAAUUUGUUGUGCAAGUCGAAUAAGUAAUAGAUUUAUGUUGACUGAGAAAAUUUGCAUAAAAAAAUUUAAUCCACAAUUUAUCAAAGUUCAAAGUUGUAAUAAAAUAAUCAAGUAUCGAGUGCAAGCCUUAUACACACCUCAGUUUGAAAAUGAAAUCAAUGGAGUGUUAUUGAUUGAAAUAAAUGGAAUUCCUAAUACGUUCUUUAAUGAAACAACAAAUUAUUACAACACAUUUUUUAUCGAAAAUAAUAAUUAUCUUUGGGACAAAAAACAAUGCACAAUUUAUGGCACGAAUAUAAAAUCAUCAAAUAGGAUGGCAAUAAAUUACUAUGAAAAAUGGAUAACAAUAUCAAACAAUACUAUUACUAUUAAAAGAAAAUGUCAAGAGUUAGCUAAUGGAAAUAAAUGGUUGUGUCCAAUAAGACAAGAUGUGCAAUUUUGUGAAGAAGAUAUAGGUUGUCCAAUGAUGUGUGACAAUCAAUUAAUUGGAAUUGCCAGUCAAAGAUAUAAUUGGAGGACUUGGGCAAUGAAAAUGGAUUGUGGAAAUUUGGAUGUGGAAUUCAGAUAUUUGUUUUUAAAUUGGGAAUACGUGAAUUGGAUAAAACAAGUCAUUGGGACAAAUCCUUAA